AGGCCGUCAUGGUCACUGUGCCUCUCUCGGGUACCAGCAGGGAGAGGGAGGCUCAGAUUUGGAGCAGAAUUGGAACCCAGGCUCCCCGAUGUUUGGAGAGCUUUGCACCCUUCCAAAGAUGACCUGUCUCCCAAAGGUUGAUGCCAACUCUGACCGUAUUGAGGGUUAGGAGCUGAGAGAGGGGCUGGAGGCGGGAAGGGAUCAAACAGAGCCAGAUUUCACACUGAGCAGCUGCAGCCGGAGAAAUCAGAGAAAGCGCCACCCAGCCCCAGAUUCCGAGGGGCCUGCUGGGGACUCUCCUCCUCCUCCUCUUCGAGAAGGAAGACCCCGAGGCCGCUGUCUCAGACCAGCUCCUGGGCUGCGAUGGGACUUGCAGCCACCACCCCCCGGCUGUCCUCCACCCUGCCAGGCAGAUAAGGGUGGCUGCUGCCCCAGGAGCACCUGCCCUCUUCCUGCUGCCUGGCUGCUCCUCCGGGGCCAGCCCUUCCCCAGCUGGUGGCACCUUUGCUGACCUGAGGCCAUGUAGGCCCUGCCGGGGUCUCUGUGGACACACCACUGGGGACAGCACCUCCGCUCUCCUGGGAACCCAGCUCCAACCAUGCCCCGGGGAUUCGCCUGGCUGCGCUAUCUCGGGAUCCUCCUGGGCAUGGCCUUGGGGAACAAGAGCUCAGAGGUGUGGCCGGUGACCCAGAGCAAGGAGUGUGCUGUCACAGGCUUUCUGCGGGAGAAGCUGCAGUACAGGAACCGGCUACAGUACAUGAAACACUACUUCCCCAUCAACUACAGGAUCGGCGUGCCUUACGAGGGGGUGCUGCGCGCGGCCAACAUCACCAGGCUGCGGAGGGCCCGGAUGAGUGAGCGGGAGCUGCGGUACCUGUGGGUCUUGGUGAGUCUCAGUGCUGCCGAGUCGGUGCAGGACGUGCUGCUCGAGGGCCACCCAUCCUGGCAGUACCUGCAGGACGUCCAGACGCUGCUGCAGAACGUCCAGGAGGGCCUCACGGACCCUGGCGCACACCUGUCCCAGGGACCCACCUGCUGCCCGGCCCAGCCAGCUGCCUGGCUUCAUCUGCUGACGAGGCCCAGUCCGCGGCCAGAGCAUCCAGCACCGACUGAUGUGGAGGUCAGCCCCAAGGUGGAGGCCGUGCUGUCCCACCUGAACACCCCAGGCCUGAUCCUGAAGCUGGUGCGGCCCAAAGCUCUGCUGGACAACUGCUUCCGGGUCAUGGAGCUGUUGUACUGCCCUUGCUGUAAACACAACUCGGACCUAAACUGGCAGGACUGCGAGGUGCCCAGCCCUCAGGACCACAGCCCGUGGCCCUCGUUGCAGUGUGCGGCCGCUCAGCCCAACCCUGCACCCCAGCAGCCCUCCACCUCCCUCCCCCAUCCCCCCGGCGAAGGCCGGCCCUGAGCCCCUGUAUGGAAAUUCCACCGGGCCUGAGACUGCGCAGGGUGGUGGGGAGCCCUCCCCAGGAAAGAACCCGGGGUGGGUGUAAUCCCUCCGAUUCUGUGCUCAGCGUCCAGCCUUCGCUCUUACGUGGUCUCCCGCAGCUGCUGUUGCCGCGAGGGCUGCGGCGGUGCCCAGUGGGCGGGUGGGGAUGGCGACACCAGUAGCGACUCCAAUCCUCACCCCGGCAGGCAUCAAGGCCCCACAGCCCAGCCCAGGGGAAGCGCUGGCCGAGGGCAGAGCUAAAUGCCACAUCUUGCCACAGUGGAUGCUCUUCCAGUCCAAUUUUUUUUUUUUUUUGUAUUAAAUGCCCGGUUUGUUUGGUCUA